GAGAAACAGAUCCGAUCAGCAGGAAGCACCCAGGGUUUGACAGACGCUUUCAGGAAACAUUUUCCUUCAAUGGCGAUGAAGGGCGGAGAGAACGUGGGGCGAGCGGAGAGCGUCAGCCUGAAAAGGAAGCUAAGGGGUCCUCUGAACAUGCUGCUGCUAGGAAAAACCCGGAGCAGGAGUGAGGGGGAGGAGCCACUGGAGGUGGUGGAAAAUGAAACCACGGCGAGACAUUCAGACACCGCAGUUGAAAGAGGAGCUGACCUCAAAGAAUUCAGUGGAUUGGAGGGAGAGGCCCCACCCACAGGAACCUGCAGGGGGCACUGCAGAAACAGGAGGAGGUGCAGGUGGUGGGGGAGGUUCUCCUCGGAGCUCAUUUGCAUCAGAAGGAUACAGAAGAAAGUCGAGAAACAACCAGAGCAGCAGCAGGAUUCAGAGGUGGAGCCUCAGUCACAGGACAAGAGAGCUAACAAGAGGGCAUGGCCAAAGUUCAGGAAGUCCAGGAAUUCAUCGUACCAGCAGAGGGAGGAGGUGCAGGGGGAGGCCCAGAAAAAGCUGCACAGGUUCUUCAUCAGAGGAAGAAAUAGGCGCCCACAGGAAGACAUGGUGGUGGGAGUGGCUCAGACGGACACUGUUCAGGCAACUGUCAUAGUGGAGACUAGCGUGGAGGCGGCACUGGAUCGAGCUGCAACUGGGAGUCCAGGAGAACCAGCAGCAGGAGAAAUGUAUGAGGAGGUGAAGGAACAUCGACCAGAGACCUUCCAAAGAGUUGGUGAGGUUGAUGACAUCACCGUGGGGAGACCACUCAAGGUUUUCAGUGACUCUGCGGACGCUGGGUCAUUCCUCCAUAAGGAGCUUCAGAGCUCAUUCCAGAGCUUCUCCUCCUCCCUUCAGGCACCAGCAAACGGUCCGUUCAUUCGAAUUGAGCUCUGCCCCCAGGAGAGGGAGGAGGAAGAGGAGGAGGAGUGCUGGGAGGGCAGCUCUUCAUCACAGAGCCACGUUAUCCUCCACCUCCUCGGUUUUGACCACAGCGAGCAGCAGCUGCUUCAGAUGGCUCACACGCUGGUCCGAGCUGCCAUGAAUGCCGCUGUGGAUCAGCUGACCAGAGAACAGCAGAGCACCGCAAACUGUGUCCAGCGAGACCAUGCUGAGGACGGGGAGGAGGCAGAUAUAGGGAGGAGGUGCUGCAUACCCGAGUGAGUGUCUGCGCAGAACUUUAUGUCAGGCGGAGAACAAACUGGAGCUAAAAGAUGACACGAAGACGCUGACAAGCCAUGAUGGAUCACGUGCAGAAGGAGAUCAACACCUGCAGAAGGAGAUCAACACCUGCAGGAAGGGAUCAACACCUGCAGGAAGGGAUCAACACCUGCAGGAAGGGAUCAACAUCUGGAGGAGGAGAUCAACAGCUGAAUGAUCAUACAGAGUCCGUUUUUCUCUGAAUCAACUAGAUAAAGGUUACCUUUCUGCCUGAGAGUCACAACUCAGGGCUUAUUGAUGUUCUCUCGCCACCUUAGGCUCUGCUCAUGAAUUAUUGAUCUGUAUAAAGUCACAUGUUCUGCUUUUCAGUCGUAGUGAUGGUUUAAAUAAAUAUGAUCUUCCUCCUCUUAGAAACUUCGCGUCUCUUCUUAAAGCCACAGUUUAGAAAUGAUUUCUACAAGGAAAGGACAAUCACAGAAAAGAGGUGUAAAAAAAACAGAGGGCGUGGCCAAAGGUCAAGACCAGCUGAUGUAAUGAGCUCAGGCGUAGACAGGUGAGUGUUUGAAUCAGAAAGCAGACUGAGAGGAAGAAAAGGAUAUUUAGAGGUCAGAGCAGCUGGAAGUGACAUCACAAAAGAGCAGAGACUAAUGAGCUAAACUCUGUACUGAAGGUCAAAUGAUGAGCUCUUUGGUUUCUUUCAUGAGGACAUAAACAUAUAACCAUUCUCACCAUGUGAACUCGAGGAUGAAUGGAGCUCCUUAAACUUGCAUUUUCUCACCUCCUCUGGUCUGUGAGCAGAUGAGCCAUCUGUGCGAAUUGGAAUUGUGACAUUAAAAAAAAACAA